AUGGAGAAGCACUUCAGGGGAUUUGAUGCCAAAAGCAUACGAGGGCACAAAAUGACGACGCGGACAAGCUUGCGAAAGCAGCAGCGGAAGCUCGAUCCCUUCCAAGCAGCGAUCGAGAUAGUGCACCGCACGUUCACCGCGGAGGUCAUGUCCAUGGACCUCAGCCCCAAGAAGCCCAACAAGGCCUACGGCGGCGACGGUGGCGCCUACUACGACUGGUCCCCCGCCGACCUGCCCAUGCUCAGCGCCGCCUCCAUCGGCGCCGCCAAGAUGUCCCUCGCCGCCGGUGGCCUCGCCCUGCCCAGCUACUCCGACUCCGCCAAGAUCGCCUACGUCCUCCAAGGCAAGGGCACGUGCGGCGUGGUCCUCCCGGAGGCGACGAAGGAGAAGGUGAUCCCGGUUAAGGAGGGCGACGCGCUGGCGCUUCCCUUCGGCGUCGUGACCUGGUGGCACAACGCGCACGCCGCCGCCGGCGACCUCGUCGUGCUCUUCCUCGGCGACACCUCCAAGGGCCACCGUGCGGGCCAGUUCACCAACCUCCAGCUCACGGGGGCCGCGGGCAUCUUCACCGGCUUCUCCACCGAGUUCGUCGGCCGCGCCUGGGACCUCCCGCAGGACGCCGCCGCGAAGCUCGUCUCCACCCAGCCCGGCGCCGGCAUCGUCAUGGUCAAGGACGGCCACAAGAUGCCCGAGCCCUGCGAGAAGGACAGGGAGGGCAUGGUGCUCAACUGCCUCGAGGCGCCGCUCGACGUCGACAUCAAGGGCGGCGGCCGCGUCGUCGUGCUCAACACCGGCAACCUGCCGCUGGUGAAGGAGGUCGGGCUCGGCGCCGACCUGGUCAGGAUCGACGCCCACUCCAUGUGCUCGCCGGGGUUCUCCUGCGACUCGGCGUACCAGGUCACCUACAUCGUGCGCGGCAGCGGCCGAGUCCAGGUCGUCGGCAUCGACGGCACGCGCGUGCUCGAGACCCGCGCCGAGGGAGGGUGCCUCUUCAUCGUGCCAAGGUUCUUCGUCGUCUCCAAGAUUGCCGAUGAGACCGGCAUGGAGUGGUUCUCCAUCAUCACAACCCCCAACCCGAUCUUUAGCCACUUGGCCGGGAAGACGUCGGUGUGGAAGGCGAUCUCGCCGGCGGUGCUGGAGACGUCGUUCAACACCUCUCCAGAGAUGGAGAAGCUGUUCCGCUCCAAGAGGCUCGACUCGGAGAUCUUCUUCGCUCCCCAAUCCAAUUGAUGAAGCAGCGGUGCUACCUAGCUAGGUCGCGCAUCCAUCUCCGGCACCCUGAUUUAGGCACUUAGGGGAUUUAG